AUGGCUGUGAUUUUAUUUGGCUUUAUUUUGCUAUAGUCAACUGAUAAAUUUAUUUAUGUAUCCCAAUUUUCAUUCGCUUCAAAACGUCUCCAAUUUCAUUAAAAAUUUGUAGAAAUGGUCUAUUUUUUGGGUUUUCAAUAUAAACAGAAUAUAUUUGUGAAAUUAUUAUAGGGCAUCACAGCGAUAAUAAUAUUUAUUCGUUAUGUUUAUGGGAAUUUUAGAAACAAAUUUUGA